AUGUCCGGAGGUCCAGUGCCAGUGUGGAAGAAAUACACAUCCCGUCCGCAGGGAAUAUGGGAAACGUUGAGAAAGAUACUCGUGCUCGUCCCCAAUAGAUCAUCAGGUAAUCCGCUAGUGUCCCUUUUCCGCGCAACACCACCAGGUGAACGAAUCACAGAGGCAAGCCAGUACGAAGAGCCAUUCACGGUGCCAGCGGGGGACAUCAAGAACAACCCAUACCACCAGCGCGACUAUCGUCGUAACUAUCCGCAGUUGCAUGCGUUUGACCAGACGAAGAUUUCAGGCUUGCUCACCUUGGGCUCGGAAGCAGCUCCGCGCGUCUCCAUCGGCGACAAGGGCACCCAGGAGUUAUCGACGUUUACUGCCCCGGGCGAAGUUGUCAGCUUGAGCUCUACAUUGACCAAGAUUCCCGAGUCGGUCGUCAAGGGCCAGAUUUUGGGGUCGUCGGGCGAACCUAUCGUUGCGCCAAGUUUGCACAAGUUCAAAUGGCAGAUCUUGCCUGAGAAUGUCCAUGGGAUGUAUCCUGAUAAGUACCCGGUGCGUAUCUUCACUGAGGUCAGGCUGGGCGAAACACAGCCUCUUCAACAGAGCACUACCCCAAUCUAA